UCGGCAUACUCUGCCUCCCUCUGAUAUUAAUACAUAUAAAAUCCCUCUCUUCUAUUAACUCCUUUUACUACCAUUCUCCAUAUUGCAGCAUCCGUGAAACCUUCAAUUAUUGACGACAGCAAUGACCUCCCGCGUCGGCUUCACCACACAAGCCGUCGUCCAAGAUAUAUGGACAUCCCUCGCUCUCCCCUCCAGCGCUCUCCUCUCCCUCUCUCUUCCAGACAGCGACACCCCCCUCUUCCCAUCUACACAUAAACUUUCAACCCUCUCCCAAGCAACAGUCGCCACAUCCGCUCUCGCCGCCGCCUUCGUCUCGUCGCCAUCCUCCGUCCCAAAAGUCAUCGUGCCACUCCGCCACGUUGCCGCCGAAGUAAACUCCCACCGGCUCUACUCCUUUGACGCAGGCCAACCGCCACUUGCCUCAUCAUGGGGUCCUAUUGGCGGCCUCUACAAAGCCAAGGACGGCUACGUGCGCAUCCAUGACAACUUUCUCAAUCACCGCAUUGGCGCUCUGCAGCCAUUAGGUCUUCCACAUACAGCUACGAAACAGCAAGUCGCAGAGGCCAUAUCGUCAUGGACCAAGGUCGACUACGAAACUGCCGCCACGGGAAACGGCACAGGGGCAGUUUACGCUCUCCGCACUCGAGACGAAUGGAACCAGCAUCCCCAAUCAGCAGCCAUCUCUGACUCGCCCGUCCUCCUAAAACAGCUCUCACAUGGCCCUAUCCCAUCAACAUCGCCCCCUAAAACGUCUCGCUGUCUUGAAGGCCUGCGUGUCGUCGAACUUUCGCGCGUCAUAGCUGGCCCAGUGGCAGGCAAAGCCCUUGCUGCCCACGGCGCCGAUGUCCUCUGGGUGACAUCGCCCAAUCUCCCAUCCCUACCUGAGCUAGAUGUCGACCUCAGUCGCGGCAAACGCACCAUCCAGCUAGACCUUACAAACGAAACCGACAAACAAACCCUCCUCGAUCUCAUUGCGGACGCAGACGUGUUUAUACAAGCAUACCGCCCUGGCAGCCUCUCCGCGCGUGGCUUCUCACCUGACGCUCUUACCAAGCUUAACCCGCGCUUAAUCUACGCCAACAUGUCUGCCUUUGGCCCAUCUGGUCCAUGGUCGCAGCGCCGUGGUUUCGAUUCUUUAGUACAGACGUGCUCGGGUAUGAGUGCUGGUGAGGCAGAGUGCGCAGGGAAAGGCGAGGUAGCGCAGAUGGCGCCGUACCAAGUACUCGAUCAUGCAGCAGGAUACCUGCUUGCCACGGGGAUAUGCGCGGCUGCGUACCAUCGAGCAGAAAAGGGUGGCUCGUGGCUAGUAGACGUCUCGCUUGCUGGCGCAAUGAAGUAUUUGUGCAACUUGGGGUAUUAUGAUGCCGACGUCUUUAACUUGCCAGAGGUUUAUCCUAGCAAAGAUGACGUACCUGCUGACAUGAAGGAGCAGAGAGAUACUGGGUUUGGCAAGAUGACGUUUGUUAAGCAUAGUGCAGAAGUGGAGGGCAAACGAGUGGGUUGGGAUGAGAUGCCCAAGGCUCUUGGAAGCGAUGAGCCCAAGUGGUUAUCGAGAUGAUCGACGUUGAUUGUGACUACGUCUCUCAAAAUCAUACUCCCCUCUAUCCAUCACGUCUACUACUAUACAUAGUCCAUAGCAAAUGACAGUCACGAAGAAUAAACACAGGUCAAACGAUAUGCAAGCAGAUACAUUGCU